GUCAAAACCUCUAUAGCAGUUUUUUAAUUGAUACAUAAAAACGUACAACCAAUCGAAUCUUCUUGAAAUCAUAUCGAGCCGAAAACAAAAAUUCAUGUCAGACAUCAACCAAUCCAGUGAAGCCGAACGUAUCCGGUGCUGGAUUUGCCCGGCAAAGUUCUUCGAGAGUGAGCAGCAGUAUCAGGAUCAUUCAGAGAAAAUCCACCGAGGAUUCCGCUUUCGAUGCGAGGAAUGUCCGGGCGAGGUACUCUUCAGGGAAAUAACCGAAGCGCAGAAUCACGUCGAUGACCAACAUGACAUCAAUUUGCAGCCAUGUCCCAAAUGUGAAAACAGUUUCAACGAAUUCAACUUGCGGAAACAUCUGAGAGAAGUUCACGCCGAAAUUCAACACUACAAAUGUACGCUAUGUGAAGAUCAACGACAGUUCGAUGAUCGUGACUCUUACGAAUUGCAUAUUCAGAAUCAACAUCAAGGUCAUAGGGUAAAAUGCCAUAUUUGUCAUCGAACGUUGAAGAGCAAACUUAAGCCUCAUAUCGACUACAUUCACUCGGAAGGGACGGCUACGUGUUACAUCUGCGACAAAGAGUACAGCAACAAGUACAAACUAUUGAGGCACUUGAAGUGCCACAUGGACCCCAAGGUUCCGGGAGCGACCGUACGCUGUGAACGAUGCGACGAGACGUUCGAAAGCGUUGUCAAAUUGAAUUACCACAAGGCGAAGCAUCAAACGAAAGUCUUCCAGUGCGAUAAGUGCUCCAAGAUGUUCUACCGACAGGAAGCCCUGGCGCAACAUCAGAAAACUCACGACGAGCGGCGGGACGGACUGUGCUGUGGAAUUUGUGGAAGCGUGUUCAAAUAUCCAUCUUUGCUCCGAAGGCACAUGGAAAGUCAUAAGGGGCUAGGAGCACUGGGUGAUCAUAACACAAAUGAAGAGUGUUCAUCAAAAGGCUCUUGAACUGAUGAUAAUUUUGUUAAAUGCCAUAAUACAUCGAGACUGAUAUUUACACAUUUUCAAUAAGUAUGUGAUAUAUCAACAUUCCAAUUAUACAAAAUAUGUAUAAGUCAAUUUAAUAAUAUGAGAGGAAAAUACAGAAUUGUAAGACCUGCAA